CCCCAUACAGACAGUGACUGUAGCGAAUGGCGUCUGCAAUUGCAUCUACCACAAGAACUACAGCGGGCUUCCCUGCAAACACAUCGUUGCAAUCAACCAUCCUCGCGCUCACACCAUCCACGACAUGUUCAAGCAAGCCGUCUACGUGCAAGCCUGGCAUGACUUUGGCCUGCGUGUGCCGUUGGAGGCGUCGAGCGUGCCUUGCGACAUGCUGCCACCACCUGCAGUCAUACAGCCCGGGCGACCGCAGGAGAACAGACUGGAGCGACAACCACGCAACCGCACGCGUAAUCGCAGGGGCAGGGGUCGAGGCAGGGGUAGAGGCAGGGGACGUGGUGAAGGUGGUGGUCGGGGUGGUCGACGAGGUGGAGGGAGAGCGAGUGUACGGGGGAUAGCACGCGGCAGAGGCGGCGCACCUACGGCAGAUGCAACCGCGCCGCCAUUAUCACAACCACCACAGCCACCACAACCGGUCUUCGUGAACGCGGCACCACUCAUACAACCCCUACUCGGGGCGCAUCAGGCCCAUUCCCACCAGCACUGCCUGCACCUGUAUACGGGCCAGCAGCGCCACCGCCUCUGAUGCAUGCCAUGAUGCCGAGCUUGUCAACGACACCGGUCAUCACAAGCAUAUUGACGCCGCUGCAACUACCAAUGACUGGAGCGGGAUGGCAGACGUCCACUUUUGAGGACUCUGUUGUGUACUCGUGCCACUCCGGUAACGUCGUUUACGACACCACAUUCGGCAGCACGCUCACCACCCUCCUUCCCCCAGACAGCACGUCUGCCUACAUGACCUCGUUCACCCGCACGUGCCGGGCCGAUCAGACCUACACCAACACGGAGCUGGCGUGUCAUGACGUCAACGAGUGCGACCCAGACGCGUAUGCAGCCUACACGGCCGCAACCGGCAACAGCGCCCAACAAGAGCAGUCGUUCAGCACGGCGUGCCAAGACGCAUGCACCAACACAAUUGGGUCGUUUGAGUGCUCCUGCCCUGCCGGGUUUGAGCUGCAAGCGGAUGGGCGCUCGUGCGAUGUGCUGUCGUGUGGGCUGCCGCCUUCUCGUCCCUUUGCCACCGUGGCCAGCCAAGACCAGCCCCGCACCUACCAGCAGCAGGCGCUGUACACGUGCGAUGAUGGCUACACCACCACGGGCGAUGCACAGGCUACCGCCACCUACACGGCUACCUGCACGGUGACAGGCAACUACACGUUCCAAGGGACGUGUGUGGAGGUGGACGAGUGCGCUGCCCAGCCGUGCAUGAACGGCGGCGUGUGCACGGACCUGGUGAACGCGUUUGAGUGCGCAUGUGUCGGCGAGUGGGGCGGCCCGACGUGCAGUGAUGACACUAACAGGCCGCCAGAACGCAUCUCCCUCAGUACCACGCGCGUGCCAGAGAACACCUUCUCGCUGCCUCUCGUCACUGUCACUGUGGAAGACCCAGACACCCACCAGAGCCACACGCUGCAGGUGCUCUCAUCAACACCACGCGCGUGCCUCCGCUGCGUUGAGCUCUCUUGCACACGACCAUAUGCUCACCAACGCCUUCCAAUGCAGCUCAUUGCUUCAUCAACGCCCAUGCCACAUUCACAUUUACAUGUUUUACUUUCGGACUACGCUCCUACGCUCGCUCUCCGAUUCUCGAUGGUCCACGCUUCAUUCGUGCCAUAGCAACUGCUUCUUUCCGUGUUGUGGUGUGUACUUUUGAGUGACAACCGUCCAAUAUCUACACCGCCCAAUACCCAUCAUCCAAGAACAACCAUCAAAAAUAACAGCCAUACAGCAAAGCACA